UGGCUCUCCAGUGUGAUUUCAACUGCCCCAGUAAAGUGUUUGCAGCUACAAAGUUUAUCACUGUUUUAAUUAUUCCGCCAUAAUGGCGCUCACGACAAUACUAUUUGUCUGUAUUUUAGCCGGCGUCAAUGCUGGCUACGUUUGGGUAAAUGAUGGCGGAGCAGCAGCGUUUAGUGGUGCAGGAUUCCCAGGCUUCAGUAUGCCUCCGAUAAGUCCGCCUCGACCGAUGUUCGGCCCAGGGUUUCCGUUUGAUUUUGUCUUCUCGCAUGUUCCUUUCCCUCGAAUUCCAACCGUCGAUGAGAUGAAAAACACGAAGCCUGGACCGAAUCAGAUCUACAACGGAGUGGCGGUACGGUCGAGCAGUUCCUUGGUUAGAGACAAAGACGGAAAGCUGGUGCCGGCAGGUGGCACUUCCAUUUUAGUGAAUGAAAACGGACAAGUACACGAGCAACAGAUCGGAAAAAACCCGCCAAAGAUUGAUGAUCCAAUAAUGUAACAGAUGCCACAAAAUCCGCCGAUGCCAUCGAUGCCGCCAAUGCCACCGAUGCCACCGAUGCCUCCCAUGCCAGCCAUGCCAGCCAUGCCAUCAGAUUACUAUUCUGUACCACCAGUGCCACCCGUACCGCCAGUGCCUCCAGUACCUCCAGUACCUCCAGUACCAAAAGUGCCGCCUGUACCACCAAUGCCCUCAAUCAACCUGAGGAGCUACAUUCCCGGUGAAAAUGAAAAUUUCGUCGGUGUCACCACAUCUAGUUUCAGUUCAUCAUCCAACAUAAACGGAGUAAAAAAGGAGGCAGGAGGCACUAACACCCUCUUGAAUGUAAAUGCUGCUGUUGACGAAAAAGGCCUCGAAUACAUGAAAAAUGACAUACCAAGUUAAACAUUCAUAAUUUUCAAUAACCAUGUAUAAAAAGAUUUAAUUAAAAUGAAAUGUAAACCAAAAGUACAGUCACGACCACUUCCGUGGAUACAGCCUAUCGCUGUAGUACAAAUGUAUCCACAUGGUCUUGAAUGUAUUUCUGAAUAAUUAAGAAUCGUUUAAGCCUAGAUAUUAUUUGACUAGCUGAACUUAGAAAA